AUGGCCACCAAACCCUUCGCCAUCAUCGCCGGCGUCGGCCCAGGCACUGGCGCCUCCAUCGCCCGCCGCUUCGCCAAAUCCUACCCCAUCGUAGUACUAGCCCGCAACCCAGCAAACUACCAGCCGGUCGUGGACGAAAUCAACUCCGCUGGCGGCCAAGCCACCGGCAUCAGCGCCGAUCUCUCCGACACCACAGGUGUCCGUUCCGCCUUUGAGCAGAUCAAAUCGCAGUUCCAGGGUUCAUCGCUAGCAGCUGCCGUAUUCAACUCGGGCGGUGGAUUCGUGAGGAAGCCUUUCCUCGAAUUGACCGAGACGGACUUUGCGUCCGGCUUUGAGAGUCAGGGAAAAGGAGCAUUCAACUUCGCACAGAAUGUCCUCCCACUUUUCCCUGCUGAGUCGCAAGGAGGGUUGAAAUACCCACCUACUCUCAUUUUCACUGGUGCGACAGCCAGCCUGAAGGGAUCGGCGCAAUUCGCUUCCUUUGCGGCGGGCAAGUUCGCGCUGAGAGCGUUGGCGCAGUCGCUGGCGAGAGAGUUUGGGCCGAAGGGUAUUCAUGUCUCGCAUGUUAUCAUUGAUGGGGUUAUUGAUAUCCCGAGGACGAAGGGGUGGGUGUUUGAGAAGGAGGAUGCCAAGUUGGAUCCUGAGGCUAUUGCCGACUCGUAUUGGCAUUUGCAUACGCAGCCUAGAACGACGUUCGGGUUUGAGUUGGAUUUGAGGCCAUAUGUGGAGAGGUGGUAA